AUGGAGGGAGAUGAAGAGGAAGACUACAUGUCUGAUUUGUUUAUUCAACAGGAUGUAAGGCCGGGCUUGCCCAUGGUGAGGAGGGUGAAGGAAGCUAUUCAGAAGGAGGAAAAGCAAAAAGAAGCCAAUGAGAAGAACAGGCAGAAGAGUAUAAAAGAAGAGGAAAAGGAGAGACGUGACUUGGUAUUGAAAAGUGCGUUGGGCAACGAGAACAAAGGCUUUGCUUUGCUCCAGAAGAUGGGCUACAAAAGUGGCCAGGCCCUUGGCAAAAGCGGAGAAGGCAUUGUUGAACCUAUUCCCCUGAACAUAAAAACAGGCAGAAGUGGGCUUGGUCAUGAGGAAUUAAAAAAACGAAAAGCAGAAGAAAAACUGGAAAACUAUAGACAAAAACUCCAUAUGAAAAAACAAGCAAAUGAACAAGCUGCAGAUCAGUUCAGAACAAGAUUCAAAACCAAACAAGAAGAACGUAAGAUGGAAGGGGACCUGCGAAAAAGCCAGAGGGCCUGCCAGCAAUUAGAUAUGCAAAAAGAUAUUGAUGUUCCCAAGGAGCCUUGGUUUUGGAUAGAACUUGAAGAGGAGGACAAAAAGGAUGAGGAGGACAAGGAAGAUGACUGCACAAGCUCAGACAUCAGUGUAUCAGAAAAGCUGCACAUCCUGACUGCCUAUUUGAGAGAAGAACACUUUUAUUGCAUUUGGUGUGGAACAACCUAUGAAGACUCUGAAGAUUUAUCUUCAAACUGUCCUGGAAACAGUGCUGCAGAUCAUGACUAAAGCCUUUCUAAAGGAAGGAGUCCUAGAUAA